GGCCCGCCAGGCAGCAGCGGGGCCUGCGCGCGCCUGCAGCCGGCGGCGCCGCCUCGGCCCGGCCCGAUCCAGCGCCUCGCCAUGAGCUUCCUCUUUGGCAGUCGAUCUUCGAAAACCUUCAAACCCAAGAAAAAUAUUCCCGAAGGCUCCCAUCAGUAUGAACUCUUGAAACAUGCCGAAGCGACUUUGGGGAGCGGUAACCUCAGACAAGCGGUUAUGUUGCCGGAGGGAGAAGACCUUAAUGAGUGGAUCGCAGUUAACACGGUGGAUUUCUUCAACCAAAUCAACAUGUUGUAUGGGACCAUUACGGAAUUUUGCACAGAAGCGAGCUGUCCGGUGAUGUCUGCUGGACCAAGGUACGAGUACCACUGGGCAGACGGCACCAACAUAAAGAAGCCAAUUAAAUGCUCAGCUCCAAAGUACAUCGAUUACUUGAUGACGUGGGUUCAGGACCAGCUGGAUGACGAAACUCUCUUUCCUUCAAAGAUCGGUGUCCCUUUUCCCAAGAACUUCAUGUCGGUGGCCAAGACUAUCCUGAAGCGGCUGUUCCGCGUGUACGCCCACAUUUACCACCAGCACUUUGAUUCCGUCAUGCGGCUACAGGAGGAAGCGCAUCUCAACACCUCCUUCAAGCACUUUAUCUUCUUCGUGCAGGAAUUCAACCUGAUCGACAGGCGGGAGUUGGCUCCACUGCAGGAACUGAUUGAAAAGCUGGGCUCGAAAGACAGAUAAAACUUUCCCCGGGCUGGGUGCGUUUGGCUCUGCAGUCGGGGCCGCUCUCCUUCGCUUCGUACGCCAGCCACUUCUCUGCUUCACCUUCAGCGACCCGGAGAGGCCGGACAGCGCUCCACAGAGCCUGGCUCGCAUCUCGGAGGCCUUUGGCGAAACCUCGCUUUAUAAUCUGCGGCCGUUCUCCCCGUGGCUUUGCAGCUCGGUGGCCAAGCUGUGGUGACUCCAGCGCUAUUUAGAUUAGAGGACGGAUGUGAAUGUCAAACUGGACUGUGUGGAUUUUGCAGCUCUUUCUGCCAAGUCCCGAAAUGGUGCGCUGUGAUCAAGCACAACAGGCUGCAAGAGCAGAAACGGGUGGCGUUUUCCCUCUGGACCUCAGCUUCUGCUGGUUCACGCUCUAACUCAUGUAGUGCCCGAGCCCAGGAUGUGCACCAGGGGAGUUGCUGGUGGCAGCAUAGCUUAUUUUGAAGUGCUCUUUUUUUUUUUUUUUUUUGAUUUAGAUGCUACCUGGAUACAUGAGCCUUAAUAUCCCUUCCUGGCAGCUUGGAGAAGGGGAAAAGUGCCUCAGUGCUAGAGUGAUUCUUGGGAGCAAGGACAGGGGGGCUUCCAGCAGUAGCAGCUUUUGUAUAUCUCAACUAGUGGGGUGGGAGCCCCCCCCCCCCUUGAAAAAGGCAAUAAAGUUUCUCCUUCCCCCUUC